AUGGCUGACGUAAAUGCCCCAACCGACCGGACCUUGUCAGAUUCCUUCAAAUCACCCUCUUCCGCCGUUAAAGAAGAGACGUCUGUGUCGUUGUCAUCCUUUCUAUCGAGCCCAGAUCAACAACCCAUUCGGAACCCCCUUCCGAGAGAAGCCCAAGGCCCAGCUGCUGACACGACGACGACCAAAAAGGAGAAAGAAUGGAGGCUUAAACCAAAGAAUCUCGAAUCCAAUGCAACUUCAGAUAAACCCCAAACGCAUGGCUCAUCCAACAUCCCAAAUCCAAUAACCACCAUGAGACCAACUUCUCCUCUAAACGCGUUCCCUUCCAACAGACCAUCUGCAUCUCCACACCGCUCCAGAAUCCUACAUAUGUCCAUCACCAUCGCGCAUUUGCUCCGCUUCUCCCCGCAUGCACUCGCCGGCCUCCUCCCAGAUCUUCGACACGGAGUGUACAGGAAGAUUUCUGCUCGCCGCCCAACCUCCCCAUGA